GACACUUCUAGAUGUGGGACGGGGAAAAGAUGGCGGCGGCCAUGGUACAAAUGUCAUGUUUGUAUCGUGGGAUGUUGGCGGUCAGGACCACCGGCAUCCGACCUCUCAUCCCAGGACUUGUGCCAUCUCAGUUUAGGGCGUUUUCGGUAAAGAAAGAACCGGAGUUAGAGGAAAACCCCUAUUAUAGUAAAUAUGAAGAGAAGAUCAGAAAGCUGCGCAGUUCAAAACCUCAAGAAUACAAAGCACGACUGGAAAAGCGAAGUGAAGUGAAGACUCAACCGCUCGGACAGUCCAGACAAGCCGAAUUCGUGAAGUAUAUGGAUAAAGAGCUGGACAAACGAGGUAAAGAGGGAUCCACGGGCUACAGCAAAGAUAAGACAUUGGGAUCAAUUCUCAAUCUUGAUAUGGUUAAGGACAAAUCUGGAUCUGAAAUUGGAGAGCUUUGGAAGCAGUACUUCGCAAACAAGGACACAAUCAGUGCUAUCAUACCAGGUCCAACAUUUGACAUUAUUUUUGGUCGUGCCAAAUCAUGCCCAACGUUUCUGUACGCUCUGCCCCAGCAAGAGGGUUAUGAGUUCUUUAUCGGCCAAUGGUCCGGUCAGGAGCUGCACUUUACCUCUUUGAUCAACGUUCAGACAAUGGGGGACAACGCACCCAGUCAGGUCAUUUUGUACCAUUAUUCAGACCUGCAGAAGGACAAGGGCAUUGUACUUAUGACUGCUGAAAUGGAUACCAAAUUUCUGACUGUCCAGCAGGCCCAGUGCUUGGCCAAUCAGGUGCAGUUGUUUUAUGGAUCGCAGCGGUAUGAAACUUUCCGAUUGGUCGAAACCUUCAACCACAAACCAGCAGACUUCAAACACAUGUCUGUGAUAGCAGAACUAGAACAGAGCGGAAUAGGACCAGGAGUCACCACAAAAUAAAUGCGAUAAAAACAUUUGAACUGUGGUUCGAUGGAAGAUCUGUAAAUGAAUUUCUAUGAGAAGAGAUGUUAACUUGGAUGUCUCUGUAUCUAUAUGAUUACUGAAUGUCUGUUAUCUUACAUUCAGGGUUAUUAGACUGAUAAGAUAUGAAAUGCUGAAGUCAUGUUCAUCUGCUACUGUGUAUGCAGAUUCACAUUCUGGUUGAUUUCUCAUUCACAACUUGUGUGUGUUCCUGUCAAUACUUGCAAACAAAAUUUGCUAUAAAGGCAAAAUUAAUGCAUAUUAGAAAUAACAGACCCCUGCUGAUAUAUUAAUUUUAUUCUAAGAUAUAUCCA